GAAGUAAAAGAAACUUCUAUCCUCCCCAUGCUAACUGUUGACAUGGAAAACAAGGAAAAUGGCUCUCUGGAUGUCAAAAAUUCAGUAGAGAACGGGAGACCUCCAGAUCCUGCUGACUGGGCUGUUACCGAUGUUGUGAAUUAUUUCAGAACAGCUGGAUUUGAAGAACAAGCCAAUGCUUUUCAAGAACAGGAAAUUGAUGGCAAAUCAUUACUGUUGAUGACAAGAAAUGAUGUACUGACUGGACUUUCAUUAAAACUGGGGCCUGCGCUGAAAAUCUAUGAAUAUCACGUAAAACCUCUACAGACACAACAUCUAAAGAACAACUCUUUAUAGGGAAUUGUCUAAUUGGGGUCAUGUUGUGCCUCAAAUGAUAGAUAAGCAAUUUGGUUUCGUGUGAUGGAACUUUGUAAAGAGAGAAUAUAUCUAUUAAGAGUUUAAACCAAAUUACAAUAUAUAUCCUAUUGGAUAGAGUUGGCAAUAUACUAUAUACUGAGUCUGAACUGAGAGAGGUGGUGUGUAUUUUUUACAUAGUACAUAAUGAUUUUCUUUUUUAGGAAGUGUCAGUGAGCAUGUUGAGAUAGCUACAUCACUGUAAUCCAGAACAAAGGGGAGGUAUGUCAUUCUCAUUUUUGAGCUGGACAUGUGCUUGAUUUCAUUAAUUAAAAUACCAAAAAAUAAACAAAACCAACCCCAAAUAAAGUUUACAUGCAUCUUUAGGAGAGAGAAACCAAUUAAAGUAGGUUUUGGUUUACACUAAAGACCUAAAAUUUUACUACUUAUAAUUUUAGGAUGGGACUGACACUUGCCAAGUCACCCUUUAUUGCAGAGGGUCCUAUUUUGACCUUAUUAAGGUUUACUUGUGGUAUGCUGCAAUGUUUAAAGCUGUACAUACAACUAACAUAACUCCUUCGAUAGCAGAAGGUGUUGCUGACAGGUGAAACUGGGUUGUGUAUUUUUUGCUGUCCUUUAAAUUUUCAGCUUGUUUUCACCUGUUUUUAAUAGUAGUCCUAUGUAAAAUAGAGUUGGUUUUUAAAGGUUUGUGUUGCUUUGCAAACAAAGAAAGCUUCCUUUUAUUCCUUUUUUAAUUUAUGAUUGUUUUCUAACAUUAAGCAGAAAUUUGUGAAAAGUAAAAUUCUGCACAUUUUUAAUAUUGUCUGUCAUUGGUGUUGUAAUGAUUGAUUUUUUAAUGCUUUACAUAACAGUUUGAAUACUUGUUUUGAGAACUGAAAGAAGCUGUCUCAUCACCAUACAUCUCUGUUAAAAGAGAGUCUUGUUCAAUCUGUUUGUACCAGUUCCCUAUUUGAUAGGUUGCUUGCUAUAUCCCAAUAAAACAUUGCUUAUGUUUGGAUUC